AAUUCUUCUGUUCCUGAUUUGCGUCGUAAGUUGGUUUCUCUGUUGGCAUUGACCGAUCGGCCGAGUGUUCGUCUCGCUGGAUUGGAUUUUCCGGUGCGUUCUUGAGAGAUCAAAUGGCGGACGAGAAGUUCAACCGGAAAAAUCCGGCGGUGAAGAGGAUUUUGCAGGAGGUGAAGGAGAUGCAAUCGAAUCCGUCCGAUGAUUUCAUGUCUCUUCCCCUCGAGGAUAAUAUCUUCGAAUGGCAAUUUGCAAUCCGGGGCCCUCGAGACACUGAAUUCGAAGGUGGGAUAUAUCAUGGGAGGAUCCAGUUGCCUGCAGAAUAUCCUUUUAAACCUCCAUCUUUCAUGUUGUUAACGCCCAAUGGUCGUUUUGAGACGAACACCAAGAUUUGCUUGAGCAUAUCGAAUUACCAUCCUGAGCAUUGGCAACCAUCAUGGAGCGUUCGGACGGCUUUGGUGGCUCUAAUUGCAUUCAUGCCUACAAGCCCCAAUGGAGCGUUGGGGUCAUUGGAUUACCCAAAGGAGGAUAGACGUUUACUUGCCAUCAAAUCACGCGAGGCAUCGCCUAAGUACGGCUCUGAUGAACGUCAGAAACUUAUUGACGAGAUUCAUGAGUACAUGCUUAGCAAGGCAGAUGUGGUUCCUCCCAAACCUAACCAUGUCGAAGGUCAUGAAGCACUGUCCGUAGAUUCAGAUGCUCAGUCCGAAACCAAGUCACGUGAUGCUCCAUCCUCAUCUGAAGGUGGUCAAAUCACGGAAGAAGAGGAGGCAGCUGAGGUUGUGGGAAUAAAUGGUGGUCCCUCCAUCGCCCAUGUGGCGGUGGCCGAAGCUUCUGAAAGAGGUCAGCCACGCCAGCAGAUGGUUCAGAGGCCAGCGGAUGAGAGGAUGUUCACGUGGGCUGCGGUCGGACUGACCAUCGCAAUCGCGGUUCUGCUACUGAAGAAGUUCAUCAGAUCAAGCGGAUACGGUGCCGUGUUUAUGGAUGAGUCCUGAAAUCUGAUGCUUUCUACCGUUGUUGAUCCAUGGGCCGGUCAAGGUACUACAUUUAUCUAUAAAAUCUACUUGAAACUCAUUGCUUAAUUGGGUUAUAUGUUUCUGUGUGUAUGUAUAUAUCUAAGUAGUGAAUUUGGGUAAAUAAUUUGUGUUGACCUAAGUCAUUUGUAAGGGGUUAAACCCCACCCACUAUGUUAUCAUUAUGUUCCCUUCUUGGAAUUGCGCCUUUUUUUUUGGUAUUGUGGACCGAACCUUAUUCCUUUUCUUGGCGAUUGGACCUUUUGAUUUCUCAAAUUUCUUCUUAAGCUCAACGAGCUC